UUGGAAACGUAACCGCGAGUGUUCGGAAGAAGAAAAGUUUUGGGGAGUGAACCAUUCGGAAUUUAUCCGGUGAUUUGGGAUAGUUCAGAAAUCAACACGAAAGUGUUGCAUACGGAAGGCGCAAUGAAGUAUCUACUACUUCUGAUAGUGGGAGUUUUCCUGUUUGCAGGAAUCUCCACCGUCCGGGCGGACGAACUGGACAUCGAGGACCUGCCGGUGGUGGAAAUGAAUCUGGGUGCCUCAAAGGAAGCGUCCCGCACCGAUGCCGAAGCAGUACAACGCGAGGAGGAAGCCAUCAAGCUGGACGGUCUGAAUGUGGCCCAAAUCAAGGAACUCCGCGAGAAGUCGGAAAAGUUCACCUUCCAGGCGGAGGUCAACCGAAUGAUGAAGCUGAUCAUUAACUCGCUGUACCGCAACAAGGAGAUUUUCUUGCGUGAGUUGAUUUCCAAUGCCUCGGAUGCGCUGGACAAGAUUCGACUGCUGUCGCUCACCGAACCUGGCGUUCUGGACACGAACAGUAACCUGGAGAUAAAGAUCAAGGCUGACAAGGACGGCAAGGUGCUGCACCUCAUCGACACCGGUAUCGGUAUGACGAAGCAGGAUCUGAUUAACAAUCUGGGUACCAUUGCCAAGUCCGGUACCGCCGAUUUCCUUUCGAAGAUGCAGGAGACCAAGACCGAGAAUCAAGAUGUCAACGAUAUGAUUGGACAGUUUGGUGUAGGCUUCUAUUCGGCCUUCUUGGUUGCUGAUCGUGUUGUGGUGACCACCAAGCACAACGACGACAAGCAGUACAUCUGGGAGUCGGAUGCGGCUAGCUUCAGCAUCGUAGAAGAUCCGCGUGGAAAUACUCUGCAGCGUGGUUCGCAAAUUUCGUUGCAUCUGAAGGACGAAGCUCAGGACUUCCUGGAGGAAGACACUGUCAAGCAGCUGAUCAAAAAGUAUUCGCAGUUCAUCAACUUCCCGAUCUACAUGUGGACUAGCAAGGAGGUCGAAGAGGAAGUCCCAGUUGAGGAAGAUGUCACUGAGAAGCCCGAGAAGAAGGACGAGGACCAAACCGAGGAAGAAGACGGAAAGGUUGAGGAAGAAGCCGAAGAGGAAAAACCUAAGACCAAGAAGAUCAAGAAGACCGUUUGGGACUGGGAGGUUAUGAACGAUAGCAAACCAAUUUGGACGCGCAAACCGAAUGAUGUGACGGAUGAUGAGUACACCGAGUUCUACAAGAGCUUGACCAAGGACACUUCGGAGCCAUUGACGCACACUCACUUCGUCGCCGAAGGUGAAGUGACCUUCAAAUCGUUGCUGUUCAUCCCGAAGGUGCAGCCAUCGGAGAGUUUCAACAAAUAUGGAACCAAAUCGGACAACAUCAAACUGUACGUCCGACGGGUGUUCAUUACCGACGAAUUCAACGACAUGAUGCCAAACUAUCUGAACUUCAUUCGAGGUGUUGUUGAUUCCGAUGAUCUGCCGCUGAACGUUUCCCGUGAAACUCUCCAGCAGCACAAGCUGAUCAAGGUCAUCAAGAAGAAACUCGUCCGAAAGGCACUGGACAUGAUCAAGAAGCUCGACAAAGAAACGUACGAAAAGUUGUGGAAGGAAUUCUCUACCAACAUCAAGCUCGGAAUCAUGGAAGACCCAAGCAACCGCUCGCGUCUGGCCAAGCUGCUGCGAUUCCAGUCGUCCGACAGCCCUAAGGGAUAUACCAGCCUAUCCGACUACGUUUCCCGCAUGAAGCCCAAGCAGGAACACAUCUAUUUCAUUGCUGGUGCUAGCCGUGCUGAAAUCGAGAAGACUCCAUUUGCCGAACGUCUGCUAUCGCGUGGCUACGAAGUCCUCUAUCUGGUCGAAGCCGUUGAUGAAUACUCUAUCUCUGCUCUGCCCGAGUUCGAUGGCAAGAAGUUCCAAAACAUUGCCAAGGAAGGUUUCGUCCUGAACGAAUCGGAAGAAUCCAAGGCCCGUUUCGAUGAAUUGAAGACCGAAUUCGAGCCUCUGCUGAAGUGGUUGAACGAUGUUGCUCUGAAGGACAAAAUCGCCAAGGCUCUGAUCUCGGAACGUCUUUCCAACUCCCCAUGUGCCCUGGUUGCGUCCAUGUUCGGCUGGACCGGUAAUAUGGAACGUCUUGCUUUGGCCAACGCUCACCAGAAGACCGAUGAUCCGCAACGUCAGUACUACCUCAACCAGCGCAAGACCCUCGAAAUUAACCCUCGCCACCCACUUAUGCGUGAGCUGUUGCGCCGUGUGGAAACCGAUGCCGAAGAUGUCGUUGCGAAGGAUAUGGCUGUUUUGAUGUUCAACACCGCCACUCUCCGGUCUGGAUUCCAUCUAUCGGAAACUGCAGACUUUGCCGACAGCAUCGAGCGAAUGAUGCGCCAGACGUUGGGUGUCUCACAGGAUGAACAACCGGAACCGGAGGAAUUCGCCGAGGAAGAUAAUAGCGCCGACGCCGACUCCAAGGACGAAGAGGAAGAAGUCAACGCUGACGAUGAAGCCGAGCAUGACGAGCUGUAAAAUCUAGAGCGGAAAACGAAUGACUGGGAACCGUUUGCCAGGGAGAUAUGAAUGAAUGAAUGUGUAGCUAAUAGGGAGAAAGGACUGAUUUUAAGUCGAUAAGCCACUUGUGUCCUGUAAUUCCAAUUUAGUCGUGGAAAGGAGCAUAUUUUUGUUGCUCCGUUUUGUCAUUAGUUAAGACGUCCGUACGUUUAUAGUGGUUAGUAACUAAUUUGCAUUUCGUAAUAGCCGAACGACAGUGUUCUUUUGUUUAUUUUUUUGUUUAUUAAAAUGUGUUUGAAACAUUUUUAUAUAUUUAUUGAGCUGUACAAACGUCAUCCCAGAGACUCUUUGUUCGGUAAUCAUGAAACGAUUAUUUGCUGUAAUUACAUCAGAUUCUAUUCAGAAGAAAUAAAAUUAUCACAUUGUGAGCAGAUGAUACAAACAAUAAAUGACCUAUCAAAUUA